CAAAACGCCGAGAAAGCUUUAUAACGCUAAAAGUAGGAGAAAUAAGCAUCAAUUAUGACGAUCAGAUUAUAAAAAUUAUGAUGACAGAGAUGAAUCCGGGACAAUAGGACGAGAAGGAAAGUAAAGAAAAAUAUGAUACAAAUCGUGUGUCAAAAUCUGAUGGCUUUAAAUUUAUGAAAUAUCUUAUCGACAUUUCUCAUUAUGAUAUCAAGCCUUCAAAGACAAACCAACUUCAAGCUGCCGGAGUAUGAAAACUCUUCCAAUACUUUUUCAUGGCCUUUUUACAGAUUGGGAGCCCAUUACAUAACAGCUGGCAGCGUUGGAACGGAGCAAGACAUCACAGUGGCACAAAUCAUCAUUCACGAGAAUUACGCAUUUCCCCUAUUUGGAAGCAAUGAUAUCGCCUUAAUUAAUCUCGCAAGUCCUGCUGUUCUUGGAGAAGGAGUUGGUCUUGUUUGUUUGCCAGAUACCAACCAUCAGCUUCCCUUUGACAACCUUAACACAAGGUGCUGGACAACUGGUUGGGGAAUGUUAGACCCUGAGGGCGACCCACCAAAUACAUUGAUGCAAGUGUCUUUGCCACUAGUUUCAAAACAACGUUGCGAGAAUUCCUAUCCUGGCCUUAUCGACGUUUCCAUGCUCUGUGCUGGUUUAGAUGAUGGAGGUAUAGGUGCGUGUUUUGGUGAUAAUGGUGCACCCUUGGUGUGCGAAUUUGAUGGUACAUGGUAUCUCGAGGGGGUCCUGAGCUGGUCAUUUGGAUGCGCCCUGCCCUACUACUAUGAUGUAUUCGCCGACGUUCGAGCCUUGAGAUCGUGGCUAUCAACAAAUAUUUACACGAUCGUUACACCUACUGCAUCACCACAAAACCAGUCAUCAUCACAGAAUCAGUCAUCUUCUGCAAUAGGUAAGCGUAAUAUUGAAUAAUAGACAUGUAAAAUAUUUGCUGAAA